CUAGGUACCAUGAUCCACAGUUCUCCACGAUGCAUAACAAACAAAAAGAACAUCUAUACAAAAUCCUGGUCAUCGGUGACUUGGGAGUGGGUAAAACCAGCAUCAUCAAACGCUAUGUUCAUCAGACAUACUCCACAAACUACAGAGCGACUAUUGGUGUGGAUUUUGCGCUCAAGGUUCUGAACUGGGACUCAGAGACGGUCCGGCUACAGCUGUGGGACAUCGCAGGUCAGGAGCGCUUUGGGAACAUGACCCGGGUUUAUUACAGGGAGGCCAUGGGGGCGAUCAUCGUUUUCGACGUAACCAGGCCCACAACAUUUGAGGCCGUCACUAAAUGGAAGGAGGAUCUGGACUCGAAAUUAAUACUUUCAAGUGGCCAGGGUAUUGCCACAGUGCUACUGGCAAAUAAGUGUGACCAAAAUAGAGACUUUCUGACUGACAACAGCCUGAAAAUGGACCAAUACUGCAAAGAGAAUGGCUUUGUUGGCUGGUAUGAGACGUCAGCUAAGGAAAACGUCAACAUUAACGAAGCAUCUAACUUCCUGGUGAAACACAUCAUGGCUAGUGAGAAUGAAAUCCUUAAGUCAGUUGUUCCUGAUACCAUCUCGCCUCAGCUGAACUCUACUAAAGAACUGCCAUGUUCUGCCUGUUUCAAACCUUAAAUCACUACUCAUGAGAGCAGUAGGGAAGGGAUGAUAGUCAUAUCCGUCAUAUCCGAAUACCUCUGAUUCCUGUAUUAUGGUCAGUCAUCGAUAAGCCAAAAAUCUAAUAACAGCAGCCUGUCUGUAGAACAUUAAACUAAAGAAUUUUAUUUAUGUAUGACGUUGCACUUUUUAUGUCUAACAAAGUUGCAUGCUUGAAUGCACUAGUGAUAAAACCUUAUUUAUGUCAGACGUACAUGAAAAUAUUAUGAUAACUAUAUUGAAGGGAUAGUUCACCCAAAAAUAUAAAUUCAUCAUUUAAUCACCUGUAUGUGAAAAAGUAUAUGUCAAUGUGUAUGUAUUAUGUGAAACACAAACGAAGAUAUUUUGAGAAAUCUCUCAUUGUCCAUACAAUGGAAGUCAAAAUAUUUUCUUUUGUUUUCUACAGAAAAAAGAAAUUCAACCGGAUUUGAAUGACAACAGGGUAAAAAAUAAUAAUGACAGAAUGUUCAUUUGUGGGUGAACUAUCACUCAAAGGAACAAAACUAGUUUAUACAUCACUGGACCAGGAUGGACCAAGUUUCAAUAACCUCAAUGUCAAAAUAUACAUCCAAUGUUUUUUCUGAAACUGCAUUCAAGGUAUCAAUUUCAAUUUCUUCCGUUUCACACCCAUGACAUUGGCAUUGCUGGAAACAGGCUUUACCAGCCGAGCUACAUAAACAGUUUAGUUUCAAACUAAACAAAUCCUUUAUACUUGAACACAUGGUCUGUCUUAUCUCUCACCGUCCUUUCUCACUCUUCUUUCUUCACUCUGCAUCUCGAGUCUCUUCACUGUUCACUGUGAUUCAGUGUAUGACUCAUUGACAUUAUAUAAAUCUUUCAUGAUUCCCUACAUCACCAUGUUCUGUAUUCAAACGCUUUAAUGUGUGUAUCGAUUUGCUGCCGUUCCAUAUACACCUGCUGAGCUUUUAUUCCCUGAUAUUAUUUGUGUGUGUGGGAGGUGUUGAAUAAUUUUUGUGUUGUAAAGUUUUCAUGAGCCACUUUGUCUAGAAUGAGAAUGUUUUUCAGGGUAUAUAGAUAACUACACCUUGAGAUAUAACAAUAUUUGUUUUACA